AGUUCUUUCCAACCCCGCCGAGGCUAUCGUGCGUAUCCAUACAUUCGAUCAAGGACGGUAAAGUGCGUUUUCCUGGAUACGCUGCUAUGGUCCAGGGCACCGGAGAGAAUCAGCUCGUCUCGAUCACCGAGACCAUAAAAGGGAAGGGAAACAUGAACUCCAUCUCACGGCUCAGCUCUCAUCAUCCCUCCGAUAUACUGGACCGGGACGCGCCAGGAAGCAUAUUGGUGGAAGACUUUUCAGACGACGGUCCCCUUUGUCCCUGCCCCCCAAGCCGUCGAGGGGUCAGGAAGGGCAUCCAGAAGAGGCUUCCCAUCACCAAGUGGCUUUUCCGAUAUAACCUGGAAUGCUUGUUGUGCGACAUCAUCGCAGGCUUGACCGUCGGUCUCACUGUCAUCCCUCAGGGUCUCGCCUACGCUGCCAUCGCCAACCUCCCCGUCCAGUAUGGUCUGUACUCGGCGUUCAUGGGAUGUUUCGUGUACCUGUUCGUGGGGCAAGUGAAAGAUCUGAACGUUGGGCCAAAUGCCAUUCUCUGCCUUCUCGUCGGUCAAUACAUUACUUUUCAACGAUUUGGCGAGCAAUACGUAGAUUAUGCCGUUCUCCUGUGUUUCCUCACCGGCAUCGUGGAACUCAUCCUCGGCCUCUGCAAACUCGGAUUCCUGAUCAACUUCAUCUCGACGCCGGUGACGUCAGGCUUCGCAUCUGCUGCUGCAAUCACCAUUUCCGUCUCCCAGUUUAAGGCAUUGUUCGGCCUCAACUCCGUGGUUCAUGGCCAUGGCUUUCUCGAAGUCAUCCAGGAGGUGUUCGCCCACUUCAGCGAGACUCACAUGUGGGAUCUUCUCAUGGCCUUCGUCUCCAUAGUAAUCCUACUCUUCCUCCGGAAAAUGAAGAUGUGGGACCUGUCGAAGGUGAUCAAGGGGCAGCGGACGCUGAAGGUGCUAAACAAGACGGUCUGGUUCGUCUGUACAGCACGCAACGCCUUCGUCAUCCUCCUUGGCGGUCUCGUCGCCUUCUUUGUCAACGGAGACGAUCAAAAGAAGCCUCUGUCUCUUACAGGAAAUGUGGUGUCCGGAAUCCCUCCCGUCGCCAUCCCGCCUUUCUACACGACGAACAACGGGACGGAGACGAACUUAAUGGAGAUGGUUUCCAAUCUGGGAACGUCCAUUAUCGUCAUUCCCUUCGUUGGCAUCCUCGAGACCAUCGCCAUCGCCAAAAUCUUCGAAAAUCAUGAUGAGAAAUCAUGGGAUGGUCGUGUUGAUUGUGUAGCUCGAGGGAAAGCGAUCGACUUCAACCAGGAGAUCAUAGCGGUGGGCCUGUGUAAUGUGGCUGGGUCCUUCUUUUCCUCCAUGCCGACCACUGGGUCGUUCUGCAGAACUGUCAUCAAUGCCGCAUCUGGUGUGAAAACUCAAGCUGGGGGAAUCAUCACGGGUGCCCUGGUAUUGUUGGCUUUGGGACUUUUGACACCUUACUUCUUCUACAUUCCAAAAGCCUCCCUGGCGGCUGUCAUCAUCUGCGCCGUCGUCUUUAUAUUUGAAUACGAAGAACUAAUCAAGAUUUGGAAAACCAACAGUGAGUUUCUGGCACUUUAGUCAGUGUCUAAUAAUUCAUUUUCACUAAUGUCGGUGAUGGGAUUGUCGAAGUUCACAUCAAUGACACUCUUUGCAGAAAUUGACCUGAUUCCCUGGUUUGCCUGCUUCCUUCCCUGCCUUCUUGUGGGAAUGCAGUACGGCAUAAUGUCUGGUGUGGCAAUCGAUAUCAUUCUGGUUCUCUUUGGCAUCGCCAGGCCAAGAGUCGUUGCACAGAAGAGACAGUUGGAGGGUCACAACUAUCUAGUGAUCAAGCCGGAGGGCCCAAUCACCUUUGCAGGAACGGAACUGGUUCGAAAUGCCACAAUCAAAAAGUCCGGGAAGAACCUGGAUGUCCCGGUCAUCAUGGACUGCGAGAAGAUGUCCGCCGUUGACUUCACUUCCGUCAAAGCGAUGGAGACAAUCUUGUCCGAUCUGUCAGAACGAGGUCAGGAGUUGGUCUUCGUCCAUGCGGACAACCAGGUGAAAAAAGUUCUUCAAUCCGGACUAAAUGAGCAGUAUGCGAAGGAAGCCGAUGCGAUCCAUCUCGAGGAUGAUUUCGAUUCGUGGGGAGACUCUCGUGGAACCCAUCGACUACAAGGCCUUCUUCCACAACGAUCCUUUGUCUGAAGAUUCUUCUCACAAAUAAUCACUGAAACCUUCGCUUUCGUCCUUCACGCAUUCUCUCUAGUCUCUCUUAAUUUUAGAGUUUUAAAGGAGUCUUUUCUGGAAUUUGUAAUUGAAGAAUUUACACCGCCGGAGGAUAUUUGAGGAGCCUUGCUUCUGCACAAUGCUUGAUGAUGGCAUUGCAUCAAAAGCAUCGCAGGCAUAGUAAACGUGCAACGCUUUUAGUGCAUUCAGAGUAUGAUAAAAUGACAACUCCCAAGG